CUCACUAAAUUUGCGAAGCGCUCCGACGAUGCCCUCCAGCAGCGCGUGAACCUCUGCUGCCCCUCCACUGUUUACUUCUCACACAAAGGGUCUGACGCGUGGAAAAUGGUGCAACUGGCAAAAGGCGGAGUGAUCUGGAACACUUAAGUACCAUGAAGAGAAAGAGGCAGAAUCGUGCCACUCAAACAGCAUCUCCAUCUCUCUAACCGUGAACAGCAAAAAAAUGAAGAUGAAUUCGUGCUUGCGCUCGUUUACCUCUCUGUCUCGUUUAAAAACAAUGUCGCAAAGGAAAAUCGCUGCGAAAUUUAACAGUUAAACUGCUUCUACUGAAUCGCUUUCUUCCCAUUUUUUUAACAAACUUGUUAACUUCAUAAAUUAAACUGCAGCCCAAAAUGAAAUUUCCAACGGAAAACCCAAGGAAACCAGGGAACUGGAACACUCCAUCAGUGCCAGUGCAAACCAACCUGGUGCCACCAAAGAAGGUUCAGCCGGGGAUGUUGCAGUCAAGCUUGGUGCAGGCCAGUGUGGCCACCAUGCAAAACCCAAUGGGCUGCUCAUUACCUCGCCUUUCGGUCUCACGACCCGCCAGUAUGGUGGCCAGCAUGGAAGGGGUGGCGGAUGGCUCAGCCCUCCUGACAGUCAUGAAGUGGAAGACUGUUGUAGCUGUGUUUGUGGUGGUGGUAGCGUACCUAGUCGCUGGCGGUCUUAUGUUCAGAGCCUUGGAGCAACCCUUUGAGAGCAACCAAAAAGACACAAUCACCUUGAAGAAAGCCGCCUUCUUGCAAAAACAUCCCUGUGUGACCCCGGACGAGCUGGAAGAACUCAUCAAGCACUCUGUAGAUGCAGUAAACGCUGGAGUGAGUCCUAUCGGAGACACAUCAUACAACUCCAGUCACUGGGACUUAGGAAGUUCUUUCUUCUUUGCCGGAACUGUCAUCACAACAAUAGGGUAUGGCAAUAUUGCUCCAAGCACAGAGGGUGGGAAGAUUUUCUGUAUCCUAUAUGCAAUCUUUGGCAUCCCACUCUUUGGCUUUCUGCUGGCUGGUGUUGGUGAUCAGCUGGGAACUAUUUUUGUGAAGAGCAUUGCAAAAGUGGAGAAAAUGUUCAGGCGCAAACACAAUCAGAUAAGCCAGACCAAGAUCCGAGUGGCCUCUACGUUGCUCUUCAUCCUUGCUGGCUGUAUUCUCUUCGUCACCAUACCAGCCAUUAUCUUCAUGUACAUUGAAGGAUGGACUGGGCUAGAGGCAAUUUAUUUUGUGGUUAUCACCCUAACUACUGUUGGCAUUGGAGAUUAUGUUGCAGGAGGCAAUAGAAGAAUAGAGUAUCGUAAAUGGUACAGGCCCCUGGUGUGGUUCUGGAUCCUGGUUGGACUGGCUUACUUUGCUGCAGUUCUGAGCAUGAUUGGAGACUGGCUGAGGGUACUUUCUAAAAAGACAAAAGAGGAGGUGGGUGAAAUUAAGGCUCACGCAGCUGAGUGGAAGGCCAACGUUCGAGCAGAGUUCCGUGAGACCAGGCGUCGACUCAGUGUGGAAGUUCACGACAAACUUCAGAGGGCCGCCACAAUUCGCAGCAUGGAGCGCAGGCAGUUGGGUUUCGAUCAGCGCACCCAUUCUCUAGACAUGUUGUCCCCUGAGCGUCGUGCCGCUUUCAAUAGCCUGGAUGCCACCAAUUUCAAGACAUCCUCCCAGGAGAGCAUUGAUACAAAACUCAACAACCUACGUCUACGAGUUGAGCAGAAUGAUCAUCAACAGAGCGACCCAAGCCAGGCGAACUCUGAAGAGAACAUUUUCAACCGCCUUGGUUCUGUCACAAAACUAACCAAGCGGAACAAGAACAAAGAGUUGAGGAAGAACAUCCCAGACGACUGUCGAAAAGCCUUAGAUUCCUUAGGUUGUAAUAAUCCCACAAUGGAUGAGGAGAAGAAAGAGGCUCUUGAAGAUGAGGAGCUCGAGAAGGAGGACAACACCAGUCUGAUCAACUUGCCUCUAUUUGUAGAGAGCCCCAAUAAACAAAAUGGAUUCAUGCCUCUACCAACACAGACCAAAGAGGAAGAAACCGUAAAAGAACUGGAAGACAAAGAUUUCCAUUUGCAGAUGGAGCCCUAGAGAGAACAAAAUCCUGACAGGAAUAGUGGUUUAAAGAAUAAUAUAUACCGAAAGUGCCUUGUUUAGCCCUUACCCUGAGCUGAGAUUUGAGAAUCUCAAUUUCUGCUGUUCAUUUAAACUGUUCACUGUGUCCUGAUAACUUGAUAAUGGUAAAAUGGUACAGUAGCAACUGGAAGAAACCUGGUUCACUUCUUCGGGCCACUGAAUUAUAAUAAUGGUUGUAACAUUGGAAAACUGUAGCAAGGUACAUUGGCAGUUUGUUUGGUUUGUGACUGAAAGUGCUGCCAUUUCGAUGGUCUUUCUGCCAGGCUUUGCUCUGUACUUCAAGAUCAUUUGGUGGAAAAUGUACUGUAACUGCUUCAAAAACAAUAUUUGUCAAAAGUUCCACCCAUUCUAAAUGGAUAAACUUACCCAGAGGCUUGUACUUCCCAAGAUCAAAGAUGAUAGGACUCUUUGAAGAUGAAAAAUUCAUGUUAAAUUGGUGACACAGUGUAUUUGCACUGAGCUGUUCUGUCCUGUAAAACAAGUACAUCGAUAUGCCAUCCAGAUUUAUGAAGUUAACCUAUGAAAUCUCAGGGCUUGUAGUCCUAAUGUAGUUGUUAAAUUGUACGGUAUGUCUCACAUACAACUUUCUGCACUCUCACUAAAUAUCUGAGGCUGUUUGGUAGUGUUUUCCUGAUUUGAAUGUUUAGGACAAUGGGCUGGAAGUAGUAGAGUUUAAUAAGGAACCACUGAAGUUAUUGAUCCAUUUAUCCAUUUUUAGACAUUGGGCUCUGUUUUAAGACCACUACGUCUUAAGCGCAGUACUAUGCGAUACAUCAUAUGCACAAAGUCAGUGGGCAUGGCUAUGAAGUUUUGGUAUUUUCAUGCAAGCAUGCACUAAGUCUAGGUGUAAAUGGUUGUUGAAAUCCCAUGCGCAAAGCAUAAGCGAGAAAUGAAGACAGCCCAUAUAUAAGACGUUGGUAGCUAGUGUAAAUGGACUGUAUACAAAUGCUAAUUUUUGUUCUUGCAGCUGGGUGCCCUAUCAAAUCGAGAGGAUCCAGGAUCCACUACCUAUUGUCUAGUGGAGCAUAAUACAUAAUGUAGCCAAGUUUAACGUUUUAACGACUGGAAAGAGGAGGAUUCAGACUGAAAUGAAAAGAUUACUUAUAUCAAAUAAGUUUAAAAUUAAGAUUAAAACGCCCACUGCAACUGCAGUUUUCAGCAAUGAACAUGAAGAAAGGAGAGAUGCAUAUACAGUAUAUUAGACUAUCGCAAAACUGACUAAUUGUCCCGCUUAAAUCAGAAACAUAGUAACUACAUCCUUCGUGAAUAUCAGGUAUACCUCUAUGACACACUCUUUAUAUGCAUGGAACCUCUUAAGCAGAAUGGCUUAUUUCUCACAAAAAUAGCAAAUUAGGCUUUGUGCCACUUUAUUUAAAUGGACCUGCCAUAUAUUUUUGUGAAUGCACCUACUGCUUGCACAUACAGCCACAGAUAGCGCAAACUUCCCACCCAUGCCCACUUGCACAUUGCCCAGACACUCCUACGAAAAGUGGAUAAGACAUUUGGUCGUAGCACAUAGCGCUGCGCCUAAUGCAGGUGUAAAAAUAGAGCUCAUUCUCUUGACUUCAUUAGUAUUCUGCAAGGCCGUCUCUUAAAUUAAUGGGGCUCAGUACAAAAUUGGGACCUCAGUGGGCAUCUCUCAUCACAGGGCCUAGUUGUCCUCCCUUGAUGGCGUUCCUUGUUGGCUGAUGGUGAUGAUUCCACGCCAUUGUAACCUCUCCACAAUGUUGUUACAAUGACGUAAUGACCAGGGUAGCAUUUUAAAUAACUUGUAGGGUUAAAUUAUUUCAGCUAGACUCUCUACAAUUACAUGGAUGAAUGACAACCUUUGCAGACAUGUCUUGGGUUAAUGAAAGUUUGACAAGGAAAAAUAGUAUACAUUUUUUAAACAAUUCCAACUGUACAUUAACAGAUCUCCCAAUGUUUUUUACAUUUUGCACUUUUUACAAGUUUCUUUCUUUGGUUUGCGAUUAUCAUCCUCUUCUUUUCCACAAUAUUUCUGGACUAGACUUUUGACGCACUACUAAAUAAUGGUUGUUUUGUGCUACUCGCCUCAGAGUAUUCGACAUACUUGCGUGUGUGUUUGUGUUGAAACCAAAUGCUGCUUUCUCUGUGUUUGUUGUCUUGCUGACUGUAUAAAACAAAAUCUCCCUGAUGCAGAGAGAUGUAUCAGUACCUCAUUCCCACCAAUGCAUAAAUGCACACAUAGAAACAUUUACAGCUACAGCAAAUGCGCUUGUUGUAAAACUAGUGUCAAUGACUCGCUUUAUGUUUGCAAUAGUCUAGAGCGAAUACAGAGACUGACUCAUUAUGUUUGCAAUAGUCUAGAUUGAAUGCAGCGACUGGCUCAAUUUUGUGAUGAAAAAAAAAGCUUAAAAAAUUGAAAAUAUUUUAAUGCACUCAAAACAAUUAAGAGACGUGGAUCCCUAAAAGCAUGCUAUUGUGCUAAUAUGUUAUCAUGCUAUGGUAUUGAUUGUACCAAAAACAUGCUUAUUGUGAAUUUGAAAUGUCCUUGUUUGAGCUCUACUUCAGGCUGCACAUGGUAGUAAAUUGCUGUCCAGAGUAUAUCUUGUGCAACCAUUCAAUUUAGUGAGUGCCUUUUGGAAAUAAACACAG